AUGUUACUUCGUUUAUCUAAUUGUUAUGUUCGCUGUGUGCAAGUGAAGUCAUUCGCCAAUGCUGCUAGGCAGUUCUAUACAAAUUCGGUUCGAGCAACCAGAGGUUCUCCUGGACGUCAUUUUGCACAACAGGGUAUUGGAGUUCGUGCAGUUCCUACGCUUCGUGAGCGGCUGUUGGGACCUACCACUGGAAAACCAUUCAUAUAUGGCACGUAUGCUUUGGCUGGAGCGUCACUUUUUGGUCUGGGUUUACUGUGUUACUAUGGCAUUGGUCUCUCCAGAGGUACCAGCAUCAUGGCAAAUUCAGUGUUUUGGCCUCAGUAUGUUAGAGAAAGGCUACAGCAAACUUACGGAUACCUUGCAGGAUCUCUUGGUAUAACUGCCAUGUCAGCUGUUGCAGCUUCCCGUUCGCCUGCUGUUAUGAACCUUGUGUCACGUGGAAACCUGCUGACUCUUUUUGUUUCUUUGGCUGCAAUUGUUGGCACCGGUGCUCUCGUUCAAGCAAUUGAUUAUGAUAAUACUGGCAUGAAACAUUUGGCGUGGUUGGCUCAUACUGCAGUUUUUGGUGUUUUUCUGGCUCCUCUCUGUUAUCUAGGAGGACCAGCUCUCAUUCGUGCAGCUUGGUAUACUGCUGGGAUUACUGCAGGCCUUUCUCUUAUUGCCUUAACAGCUCCAUCAGAAAAGUUCCUUCGGAUGGCUGGCCCGUUGGCCAUGGGUUUGGGUGUCGUCUUCGUAGCUAAUAUCGGGACAUUCUUUCUGCCUCCAACAAGCGCUCUUGGAGCUAGUCUUGCAUCGAUCGUUAUUUAUGGUGGCUUAAUUUUGUUCUCCGCUUUCCUGUUGCAUGAUACUCAGAGGGUUGUUAAGUUAGCUGAAGGGCAUCCAAUGCACUCUCCGAGUCGUUUAAUGCAGUAUGGAGACUUUGAGGCUCCGCGAUUCCGACGUUUCGACCCAAUAAACGCGCAGGUUUCGAUAUAUUUGGAUAUCUUAAACAUCUUUAUACGUAUGGCGAUGAUACUCGGGACUGGUGGUAACCGGAGGCGGUGA